AGAAGAGAAGAGAGAGAGAGAAAAUGAUUUCGUCUUUAUCUUCGUCUUCGUCUUCAGCUACAGUUGCUGUGGAGAAGGCGACGAGCGAGCUUUUAAUAAGUCCUGAUUGGACUAUGAACAUCGAUAUCUGUGAUUCAAUCAAUUCUCAUCAGUGGCAGGCAAAAGAUGUUGUAAAAGCAGUGAAGAAAAGGUUACAGCACAAGAACGGGAAAGUGCAACUUCUAGCUUUGACGCUGUUAGAAACGAUGGUGAAGAAUUGUGGUGAUUUUGUUCAUUUUCAAAUUGCGGAGAGAAAUGUAUUGGGGGAGAUGGUCAAAAUUGUGAGGAAGAAGGCGGAUAUGCAAGUGAGAGAUAAAAUCUUGGUUUUGUUAGACUCUUGGCAGGAAGCAUUUGGUGGAAGCGGAGGAAAACAUCCUCAGUACUACUGGGCAUAUGAGGAAUUAAGGCGUUCUGGAGUACAAUUUCCCCAGCGUUCCCCAGAUGCUGCUCCAAUAUUUACCCCGCCUGUUACCCAUCCCGCCCUUGGACCUGCCCAAGCUGGUUAUGGAAUGCCAAGCAGUUCAUCCAGAAGGCUUGAUGAAACCAUGGCAUCAGAAGUGGAAAGUUUAAGUUUGUCAAGCUUGGAUUCAAUGCGGGAUGUUAUGGAACUGUUAGGUGACAUGCUGCAAGCUGUGAACCCGGGUGACCGUGAGGCGGUAAAAGAUGAGGUGAUUGUUGAUCUUGUCAAUCAGUGUCGUUCCAAUUCAAAAAAGCUAAUGCAGAUGCUUAGUACAACAAGCGAUGAAGAACUUCUUGGUUGUGGUCUUGAAUUAAAUGACAGUCUGCAGACCUUGCUUGCAAAACAUGAUGCUAUAGCAUCUGGUUCCCCUCUUCCAAUUCAAGGAUCUGGUUCCCCUCUUCCUAUUCAAGGAACAAAUUUAAGUCCUAAACCAACUGAAGUAUCUUCCUCCAGCCUCAAAUCAACUGAAGUUGGUGACUCCAGCCCAGUACCCAAUGGUACCCCUCCUGCACCAGUUCCUACUGUGACAAAGGCCCCAAUCGAUGAAGAGGAAGAAGAGGAAGACGAUUUUGCACAGCUAGCACGAAGGCAUUACAAAUCACAGCCUGUGCCAACUCAGAGCUCAUCUGCAGAAACUGCUGGAGCACUUGUGCCGGUGGAGAAUAGCAACACAACUUCAUCAAUGCCAACAGACUCAACUGCUACUACCCCUUGCAAUGCUUUGGCUCUGCGUGAUCCACCUGCACCUGUGAGGACUACAAAAGAGCAGGACAUGAUCGAUCUUUUGAGUAUUACCUUGUCAAAUACAUCAACCACUCCACAGGCCCCCGAGACGCCAUCAGCCUCUAACCAAACCCCACAGCACAUACCUGCUUCCCCCAACACUCAAGGUUAUCCUUAUGCUUCACCAACUUAUCCGGGAAAUCAAGGACAGGUACCCUACAACAAUUAUGUUGCCCCGUGGGCUCAGCCUCAGCCUCAGCCUCGGCCUCAACCACAGCCACAGCCACAAGUACAACCCCAAUACCAGAUGCAGUCACAGCCUCAAUAUCCUCAAUAUGCAUCUGGCUACCCUCCGCCACCUUGGGCUACGACCCCUGGUUAUUUUAACAACCAGAAUCACCUCUCAACCACCAAUAAUGUGUUCUCAACUGCUCGAGCCAAUACAGCUGCGUCAUAUACACCCUUGCAAGGGGCUAGAGCCUUGCAGCAAAAUAACUCAUUCCCCACAAGAGGGAUCAAUGGUUCAGCUACACUUGGAGACACUCGGGCCACGUCUGCUUCUGGAAACCCUGCACCUACUACAGCAGCACAGAAGCCCUUUAUACCCUCAUAUAGAUUGUUUGAAGAUUUGAAUGUUCUUGGCAGUGCUGAUGGAAGGCUGAAGAUGAAAAGUAGCACAUCGCCUAGCUUGAACGGAACUGGCCAAGGUAUGGUGGGUGGAAGGAAGUGAUGAUAUGCUAGUGGUACAGCUUUUACAUAAACAGCUGGGUAUAUUCAUGUGAAUACGAUGGAUGUGAUUUUUUUUUUUU